AUGGACGAAGAAUUAGAAGAUACUAAAGUUGAAGCUCUAAUUUUCGAAUCUGAUGAUGAGGUUACAAUUCUUCAAUCUAGAAUCGUUACUUUUGGUAAUAUUUCUAAAGCUCAGAUUUAUGACUCAGAUGGUGAGAAUAUGGGUAUUGACCCCUUUAGAGAUUAUAAUAAGCGUUUUGAAUGA